CUAUCAUACGCAUAACACCACUUCUGCUAGAGCUGACUUAGGCAAUAAGAUGAUUUAUCCCAUUACUUAUUCCUAUUUUUCGAGGUUGAAAUUUUCACUUAACAUUAUUAAUCUACAUAUAGAAAGAUUUUUGCAGCAACUAACUUGAGACUAGAAGAGUGCAGAAGCAGACCAAAAAAAUAAACAAACAAAAAUGAAGAAUUCUGGUAUUUCCCUUCUCAUAUUACUCUCCACAAUGUCCUUGAUAACAAUCCAUGUAAGGGCUCAAAAUAGCACAGACCAAACAAACCAAACUACAACUUCGCAAAAACUACGAUUUGUAGUACCUGUAAGAGAGUUGAACGAAUUCGUAAAAUUCAGAAGUUUGAGGGAUGGUGAAUAUAACUUCAGUGGUUUCUCCAUUGAAGUCUUUCGAGCUGCGGCUGAGAUAGCCAUUCCUUCCCUUGAAUACGAGUUAGUUCCAUUUAUUAAUCCUGAUGGCACCAUGAAAGGCACUUUUGAUGAUAUGCUCGAUGCAGUCCAUAAUGAGGAGUUUGAUGGUGCAGUUGGUGACGUAACAAUAUUGCCUUAUAGGAUGCAACGGGUCGAUUUUACAAUACCUUACUUGGAGUCGGAUACAGGCCUUUUGGUGCGGGUUCCCACUACAUACACCAAAAAAGAGUCGUUAACACCGGCCUCAAUUAUAAUACUUGUUCUAGCAGCUACACUUGCCUUUGCCAUCUUAGUUGCAGUAGUAAUCUGGAUUUGGAAGUUAUGUUUAUACAAUCGUAGUGCAUUGCCAUUGACACAAUCCUCUCGACUCAAUGACAACUUCAAGAUAGCAACUUCUGGAUCAACAAUGGAUACGAGACUAAUGAUCAUACUAGUCCUUAUGGUCUUGCUCUUCGCAAUAGCUUCUUAUAUGCCGCCCAUAACUCCAACAAGUGUUCCAAUACAAAGUUUGGUGGACGAUAUAAAGAACUUGGAUGACAUCAAAAGAAAAGGAUGCGAAGGUUGGUUAUCGACAAGCUGCCUUUCAGAAAAAUCUGUUGCUUAGUAAAGGUGGUCUUUUGGAAUCACAAAUAGUGGAAUUACAUUCAGACGUAGAAAUGGUUGAUAAACUACAGAAAGGAGGUGAAGAAGGUGGUGUUGAUGCUCUUGUUGCAAGUAUAGAUAAUCUCAAGCUUUUCCAAUCUAAAGAUUGCAACCAAUUCACCCUUAUACCAACUUUUCGUCUCCCAUCUGCAGGAUAUGGCUUUGCUUUUCCAAAAGAUCAAUCUCCCUCAUUAGUUAAUAGAUUUUCAGAAGCCAUUGUAAGACUGAUUGAUAAUGAAGAAAUCACAAAGAUUCAAGCAAGGACGAUUGGUAAUUUGGAUAAUGUAUGUCCACAUACAAGUGUAAGCGUUACUUCUAGCUUUCAAGAUCGUGUCUCUCUUUGGCUUCCAGUGGCAAGUGCCAUAUUUGUAGUCGUACUUGUGAUUGUCAUGCUUCUAUCUUAUUGUGGAAGAUCGUGCAUGAAUUAAGAAAUUAACUCUAAAUUGUAUAUGAGUGGUCUACAUUGAUGUUUUAUGGUCUACGUUAAUGUAUUUUAAUUAUA